AUGGAGCUCGGUACUCAGAAACCGUCUCGGUUACUUCGGCGUAUGAGAGAAUUGGCUCGGGGAAAAAUACCGGACUCCACAUUGCAAAUAAUGUGGAAUGGUCAUCUUCCAUCUGCUGUAAAAGCUGUUUUAGCAGUAACCGAAGUGAAGGAGGAAUUGCCUAUAGUGGCUGACAAGGUUACGGAGGCGUCCAGGCCCGUCGAAGUGGCAGAACUGGAGUCACGCUCCACAACCAACACUACUAGGGACCUGACAUUCAUGAUUCAGCAGUUGAGCAUCGAGGUUGCGGAACUACACCGUUCUCGAAAACCGCAAAGAGGGCGGCGAGGUAGACGAUUCCGACCGCCUAGUUCGAGAACUAGGGACUCCAGCAGGAACCGUAAACAUCCAGAGUGGUUAUGCUUUUACCACUAUCGCUAUGGCGAGAAGGCUACCAGGUGUGUCAACCCAUGUAACUGGAGGCAGGGCAGACCGUCCACGCCAGCGGAAAACCAGCUGCGAUACAUCCAGUGA